UUCCUUCUCUACAAUUCCUCCACUAUGGCUGUUGUUACAAGAAACGUUCUUGUUGCUUCCCUACUUCUCCUCUCUCUUCUCGUUCUCCCACUCGUUGAGGGUGAUCAAGUGAUGGCGGUGAGACUCUCAACUCCUAGUUCUGGCACACAGAGCCCUAUUACUAAGACCACCACCAUUGAUUGUGGAUCCGCAUGUGUAGCGAGGUGCCAACUAUCGUCAAGGCCUCGCUUAUGCAACAGAGCUUGCGGGACUUGCUGUUUCAGAUGCCAAUGCGUCCCUCCUGGCACCUCCGGCAACUACGAUGCCUGCCCCUGCUACGCCAACAUGACCACCCAUGGCAACAGACGCAAAUGCCCUUAAAUUAAAAAAACCAUCAUUUUCUGCAACCCUUAUUAUGGUGUGAUAUAGCAUC